AUGGUGUUUCCGUUUUUCACAGCAAGUUCAGAGAUCCCCAAACUGCGGCAGGAAGAGCAGAAGGCGCGGAAUGCACUCUUAGCUGAUAUCCAGCAGGGGACUCGCUUGAGGAAAGUGACUCAAAUCAGUGACCGCAGCGCACCUCAGAUUGAAAAACCCAAAGGAGCUACCAGAGAUGGAGUUAACCCAGCCAUUAACAAGGGUGGCUCUCAGCCGCCUCUGGGAGGUUUAUUUGCUGGUGGCUUUCCUGUUCUCAGACCAGCAGGCCAGAGAGAGAUGCCAGGCGGUAAACCAGGGCAGCUACCUGGAGCCCGGGCAGCGGCUCCCAAGCCCUCCGCCCCACCGAACGGCAGCGCCGCACGGGCGAGCGGCAACGCCUCGCUCCCAGCCGAGGGCCCGAGGGUGGCUGUCGCACCGGAGCCUCCCAGCACCUCCCGAGCCGGCGCCGGAGCCGGAGCCAGCCCUGGGCGUCCCAGCCUGCCCGCGCCGCCGCCUCCGCCGCCUCCCGCCUCCAGCAAGCCUACCCUCACUUUCCCUCCCCCUCCCGCGCUGCCCCCUCCAGCCGAGCGCCCGCUCAAGGGGGUGUCCCCCGGCGCUGCCCCGCCGCCCCCGCCGCCGCCUCCUCAGGCCGACAAACCCAAGUGUCCCGCAGCCACAGCACAGCCGCCCCCGCCGCCCCCUCCUCCUCCUCCUCCUCUGCCCCUGGUCCCUCCCUGCGGGUUCCCAGGCAGGACAGCCGACUUGUCUGCAGCUGCUGCAUCCUCUCCACCGGAGGGAAGGGACUGUCCGCCCCCCGCACCGCCCCCCCCACCGCCGCCUCCGCCACACUCGCACUCCCUGGCCCCAAACAGGCUCUCCUUUCCCCCCUCCCCAGCCUUCAGCGGCGCUCUCGGCAAUGCUGACGUGCCCCCUCCGCUGCCCCCCAAGUCUCCCCACCUGCUGUCACAGCUCCAUAAGCCAAGCAGUAUCCAGUCGCUGCCGCUCCCGCCCACCCCCAGCCUUCCUCAGCCCGCAGCGGCGGCCGAGACCAGAAAGAGGAGACCUGGGCGAGGCGCAGGAACCGGUGCUGGUAAGCUGGCCACACCUCCACAGCCACCAGCAAGAUCCCCAACAACUGAGCUUACAAGCAAGUCUGGAGUCUCAGCCUGGGCUGCACCUCAUGACCCUUACCCACCAGUGAAAAAUGGAAACAUGCACAUCAUUGACGACUUUGAAUCGAAAUUUACUUUCCAUUCUGUGGAAGACUUCCCCCCGCCUGAUGAAUUCAAGCCCUUUCAGAAAGUAUAUCCCAGCAAGAUAGCUAGAGAUCCCUCUAAAAAUCCUCCAUUAAGAACACAGGUGAGAUGAGGAGAGGCUUCUGAAGCUGGCUGGAUUGGUAUUACAAAGGACCAUCAAGCUAAUACAUGUACAUCAGAAGGGGUCUCCAUUACAGCAAUAGAGAUGAUAUUUGAAUUGCAAGUGCUGCCAUGUUGGCAAACCCCACAAAAAUGAUACCUUUGGAACUGGCCUACAUACUGCAGCAAUGUUAGUACAGGCUUUUCAAUUCUUGUGUCUAGGUGGAUAUAUUUUUGAAGCAAAGGUGUGUAACAUUUGAGUUUUGUAGUGUUGAACCAAUUCUCAUCAUGCUGGCAGAUGUUACCUCAGAAUACUGUUUGCACAACGUGCCUGUAAG